AUGAUGCACCCGUCGAGACAGGCGUACGUGGAGGAAGCUGAGGACACGGACAUGGGCAUUGACUUGGCGAACAUCCCCGUCGACCGCAAUUAUGACCUCCCCUCCGCCGCGGCGGGCAUUCCGCCCGAAAGAGCGUCAGCCAUCUUGUCACAGUUUGAAAGGAAGCGAAGAGCCGCAGCCAUGGCGGUUCCGACGGAUGAUGGCCGGGUGCGCGCACGACUACGCGAACUGGGUGAACCGAUUACACUGUUUGGAGAAGGCCCUGCAGACCGGAGAGACCGACUGCGGGAAUUGUUGACCGAUCUGGCAGAACGACAAGAAGCGGCGGCGGCAGAGGGCGAUGUUGAGAUGAUGGAGGCUAUGGGCGAAGGGGACGAAGCUGAAGAGGAGGCAGAGCAGCAGGAGGAAUUCUAUACGGAGGGCACCAAUGAGCUCUUGCAAGCCCGGAAGGACAUUGCGCGUUUCUCGCUACCUCGCGCAAAGGCGCGCGUGGCCCGACUGAGAGAGGAAUCGACAAUACCUCUACGGACGCAUAUCAAGCAUCGAAAGGCGAUCAAGCAAAAGCUACAUAACUUCGAUCUGUACGGGUCCCAGAUUGCGGGCGACCGCCCUGUCAGUAUCUGUCGGUUCUCCCCCGACGGGCAAACUAUCGCGACCGGUAACUGGGGCGGUGGCAUCCGCUUGCUUACAGUGCCCAACCUUGAAGAGAAGCUGUCACUCCAGGCACAUAAUGAUCGAGUCGGUGGGCUUUCAUGGUUCCCCGGAGCUACGUUGCCUACAUCGAAUGUUUCGGAGUCGACGGUGAAUCUAGUGUCGGGAGGAGGUGAAGGAAAUGUUCGUUUGUGGUCUCUAGACAAGGACCAGCCCUUGGCGACGCUGUCUGGCCACAGCGGCCGUGUCUGCCGGACCGAGUUCCACCCAUCGGGUCGAUAUGUUGCCUCCGCUUCUUACGAUACCACCUGGCGGCUGUGGGACGUGGAAACUACGGCCGAGCUCUUGUUGCAAGAAGGUCAUUCCCGUGAGGUCUACACAGUCGCAUUCAACAACGACGGCUCGCUCCUGGCGAGUGGCGGAUUGGACAGUAUCGGACGAAUUUGGGAUCUCCGGACGGGCCGCACGGUCAUGAUUCUGGAGGGGCAUAUUCGGGAAAUCUUCGGUAUGGAUUGGGGCGUGGAUGGCUAUCGAGUGUUGUCCGGUUCGGGCGAUGGUUGGGUCAAGUGCUGGGACUUGCGUCAAGUUCGGAAUAGCGGUGGCAUUGGAGCGCAUAAGAGCGUGGUGUCUGAUCUCCGUUGGUAUAAGGGCGCGGACAGUGGCUUCGACAAGAACGUGAAUAUCUUUAGCGCAGAUGACUGGUCGUUGGUGAAGACGUUGAGUGGACAUGCGGGCAAUGUCCUCAGCACAGACAUCAGCGCCGAUGCGCAGUGGAUUGCCAGCUGCGGACAUGACCGAACGGUGAAGCUCUGGGGGAUUGAAUGA